AAAAUCAAUGGUUACUGAAACGGUUUGGUUCUAUAAAAUACCUUCUGCUGUAUUCCACAGAAAAAUAAAUAAAUGAAUGCAUACAGAUUUGGAAUGAUAUAAUGAAUAGUUCACCCAAAAAGGAAAAUUCUGUACUCAUGAAUGAAUUUCUUUCUUCUGCUGAACACAAAAGAAGAUAUUAUGUGAGUAACCAAACAGUUGUUGGUCCCCAUUGACUUCAAGAAAUAGUCAGACCAGAAACUGUUAGGUUGCCCACAUUCUUCAAAAUAUUAUUAUUAUUUUUUUUAGCAGAAGAAUUUCUUGAGGGUGAGUAAAUCAUUUUUUUGGGGGGAAACUAUCCUUUUAAAACCCGUUCCCAAGUGCACAUCAGAUGCUCUCUGUCACCACUAGAUGGAUGUAAUGUCAUACUAAUAGUUUAAGGCUGGUCAGUGGCUCACUAUGGCAACCUCAGUACACAGUAGAGACAGGAAUCAAUGUUCAGUGGAUCAUUACUAGGUACAAGGAAUCUAGGAAUCAAGAAAGAUUAUUCUGUCAGACUUGACAAUGUCGUCAAGUGCUCUGGUGUCUCGCAGCCAAAGUGUCCUUCCCUUGUUCGUGGGUAAAGGCAGAAAUGUCACCUUUGUUUUGGACUCCUCUGUGGGAAUGAAUGGCUUUCUGGGACCAGUGAAGAAUCUUAUUAUUCAAACCUUGAUUACUAAAGCUUCACUUAGAGACUCGCUCUUCAACAUUAUCAGCUUUUCAUACAAGUCUUCACCAUGGUCUUCUCACAUGAUGCCCUGCACACCUGAUGUAGUCUAUGAAGCCUUGAGCUGGAUCCACACAUUACAGACAAGUCCUGGCAGAGACCUCCACUCAGCACUGGCCUUAGCUUUCUCUGACCCUGCCUGUCAGUCUGUCCAUUUGGUGACCAGCGGUCUCCCAGACAACCCAUCACAAUGUCUGGCUUCAUUAUCAACCCUGGUGAUGCGCCCUGUGAAUAUAUUUUACAUAUCAGACAAGACUCCCAUGAACACUGACAUUUCAGACUUCCUGCAGUGCAUCACUUCCACCACUAGAGGAAGCUGUUAUGUCAUGACGCUCAACUCAGCUGGCAAUGUGGACCAGCAGCUCAGUUUGUUGCAUUCAACGGAUGACCUGUUUCAAAACCCGUCACACUCAGAGGACCCAUGGCGUUCAGUAGACUUCAAUCAGGUCCAAUACCACAACUGCACAAGCUGUGUCUGUUCUGUACCAAGCUGGUGUUCCUCUAUGAAUCCCUUUAGUACAGUAUCAUGUGUAUCUGCAAGGGUAAUGCGAGGUGCUGAGCUCUUUCCUGGUUGCCGUGUGUUAGCCAGGAGAGAGAUAGAUGGGUUUUACUACCUGGGGACAAUCAUACAUCAGGGCAGAGGAAAUCUUUAUACUGUGGAGUUUGAUAAGCUUGAACCUAAAGGAAAUACAUUUAUGGACACAUUAAAUACAAUUCAGCCAACUUGCCAGCCUGAUAUGGUUAGUCUAACCAGUGCACACAGGCACAGUAUCAUACCAGGAGACACUGUUCUAGCACCAUGGGAGCCAGACAUGAGACAGUAUGGGCCUGGAAGGGUAAUUUCCGGUAUGGAGCUAAGAGAUCCGCUUAAAAUCGAUGAAGGUCUUUUGGGACUCCAGGUUCUCUUCUGGAAUGGGAUGACAAUUCAUGUCCCCAAACAGCACGCAGUAUGGAUUCCAGCUUCUCAUUAUGAACAAAUUAUCAAAGACCUCCAACAUUAUUCAUCCCGGCCAUGUUGCUCUAGGGUUUCCCACUGCGGCACCAUGAAUUGUUUUGAAUUUCCAUGUCACCGGUGCGACCACCACAGUCUGUCCUCCAUUCCACCAUGCCACUGUUCAGUGAGGAGAUGCUGCCCAGUGUUCAUGUCAUCUCCACUACUGAAUAAACAAAGGAGAGAUGAGCUGGAGAGGAAAGUUGAUCUCCAACUGAAAGAACUACAGAGCUCUCAACAGACACAAGUGCCUUCAUCCUCAUCCUCAUCAUCAACCUCUGACUGUGAGAAUGAGGAGGAUACCGCAGCUGAAAAACACAGGCCUUCGAUGUCAGAAGUGGUGAGCCGAUCAGUAAACACAGAGAUUUCCUGCCUGAGAAAGCCAUACACUCAUCCUGAGACCAGACCAGCCUGGAGAUACUGGAAAAGGGGUUCUGCAGAACCACAGCACAAGCAACCAGGGAGAGCCGUCAGGUCUCCAAAUGUCAGCCAUUCUUGGCCUGGAGACACUGGGAAUUCUGGGAGCUUUACAGAUUACUCUAUGAUGACCAAUCACAGCUCUUUAUUUAAGCUGGUUCCCUAUUCACCAAAACGAGGAGUUGAUAUGAGGGAAAUAUUUGGAUCAACAGAACAAAAGUUAUCGCCAUCACCACUGACUGUAGCAAUCAGCUCAAAGCCAACCAAACUGAUAGCUCCACAGCCAAAGUUCAAAGUGUUAUGAGUAUCGCCUGUGAGCUUUUGCUGAUUUGUAUUUUUUCAGAGAUAAUAUUUGUUUCUAAAUCAAACAUCCUAUGAUUGGUGUACUAAUUAAAUACAAAAGACUAUUAUGUUAAAAACAUGCAAAACUUUAUUAAAACUUUAAAGAAUAAACAAAGUAAAAUAAAAUGUAUAUUCUGUAUUGCAGUAGAAUCUCAUUAUGGCUUCUAUGGCUCAAUAUAUAUUCAUGAUUGCAAUUUAAAAAUGAAUAAAUAUCCCUGAGUAUUAAACAGUAACACUUAUGAAUACAAAAAAAAAAAAAAAAGGUAUCAA